UAUGUGGAAGAUCCAUCGUGCCUCAGCCCCGUCACCGUACUACAACAAACCAUGUGUGGUCUCAGUCACCUCCACUCACUGAACAUAGUCCACAGGGACCUGAAGCCUCGUAACAUCCUGUUGUCUCAGCCGGGGCCUCUGGGAAGGGUGAGAGCGCUGAUAUCAGACUUCGGUCUGUGUAAAAAGAUCCCUGAGGGAAGGACUAGUUUCUCUCUCCGCUCGGGGAUACCGGGGACAGAGGGGUGGAUCGCCCCGGAAGUACUGCUGGACACACCGGGAAACAACCCGACCCGUUGUGACCAGGCGGUGGAUGUGUUCUCAGCAGGCUGUGUAUUCUACUACGUGGUCAGUAGGGGGCAGCACCCGUUUGGUGACACGCUACGACGCCAAGCUAACAUCCUGACCGGGGAGUACUUCCUCACACACUUCCUGGAAGACGUGCAUGAUGACGUCAUAGCGCGGGACCUGAUAGAGCGAAUGAUCAGCAGCGAUCCAGAGUCCCGCCCCUCCACUUCCUCUAUUCUUAAACACCCGUUCUUCUGGAGCCCUGAUAAACAACUACAGUUCUUCCAGGAUGUGAGUGACCGUAUAGAGAAGGAACCUACAGACAGCACCAUGGUGGUGAGGCUGGAGAAGGCUGGCAGAGCUGUAGUACGAACCAACUGGAGAAUGCACAUCUCUGUUCCUCUGCAGACAGACCUGAGGAAGUUCAGGACGUAUAAAGGGAACUCAGUCAGAGACCUGCUCCGAGCCAUGAGAAAUAAGAAGCACCACUACCACGAGUUGCCAGCGGAGGUCCAGGAGACGUUGGGGGAGGUGCCCGAAGGCUUCGUUAGUUACUUCACCUCCCGGUUCCCGCGGUUACUGCUACACACACACACCGCUCUCAGCAGCUGUUCAAACGAGAGACUUUUCCACCCCUACUACCUGCCCGCCAGCGCCAAAUAACACACACACACACACGGAAGGUCGCUGGUUCAAAUCCCCCAGCCGACUAAAGUGAACAUCUGCCGAUGUGCCCUUGAGCAAGGCACCUCACCCUACUGGCUCCUGUACGCCGCUCUGGUUAAGAGCGUCUGCUCAAUGACUCCCAAAGUCAAAUGUAUAUUCACUUCCUGUAGUAGAGCCGGAAUGACUGCUUCAUGAAUAUUCAGAGAGAGAGAGAGAACUGAUGAAUGGCUGCUUCAUGAAUAUUCAAAGAGAGACUGGUGAAUGACUGCUUCAUGAAUAUUCAGAAUCAGAUUGGUGAAUGACUGCUUCAUGAAUAUUCAGAGACAGACUGUUUGAAUGACUGCUUCAUGAAUAUUCAGAGACAGACUGUUUGAAUGACUGCUUCAUUAAUAUUCAAAUAGAGACAGACUGUUUGAAUGACUGCUUCAUGAAUAUUCAGAGACAGACUGUUUGAAUGACUGCUUCAUGAAUAUUCAGAGACAGACUGGUGAAUGACUGCUUCAUGAAUAUUCAGAGACAGACUGUUUGAAUGACUGCUUCAUGAAUAUUCAGAGAGAGAGAGAACUUAUGAAUGGCUGCUUCAUGAAUAUUCAAAGAGAGACUGGUGAAUGACUGCUUCAUGAAUAUUCAAAGACAGACUGUUUGAAUGACUGCUUCAUGAAUAUUCAGAGACAUACUGUUUGAAUGACUGCUUCAUGAAUAUUCAGAGAGAGAGAGAGAACUGAUGAAUGGCUGCUUCAUGAAUAUUCAAAGAGAGACUGGUGAAUGACUGCUUCAUGAAUAUUCAGAGACAUACUGUUUGAAUGACUGCUUCAUGAAUAUUCAGAGACAGACUGGUGAAUGACUGCUUCAUGAAUAUUCAGAGACAGACUGUUUGAAUGACUGCUUCAUGAAUAUUCAGAGACACACUGUUUGAAUGACUGCUUCAUGAAUAUUCAGAGACAGACUGUUUGAAUGACUGCUUCAUGAAUAUUCAGAGACAGACUGUUUGAAUGACUGCUUCAUGAAUAUUCAAAGACAGACUGUUUGAAUGACUGCUUCAUGAAUAUUCAGAGACAGACUGUUUGAAUGACUGCUUCAUGAAUAUUCAGAAACAGACUGGUUUAAUGACUGCUUCAUGAAUAUUCAGAGAGAGAGAGAACUGAUGAAUGACUACUUCAUGAAUAUUCAGAAACAGACUGGUGCACUCCAAGACAAAAGCUUUUUAAAUGCUGAAAAUGUUUUUACUGAUUUUAACUUUCACCUGCUCUGACGUUCGUGUCUGUGAAACACAUUAUUUUCUGCUGUGAAAUGAUAGUUUUAAAUACACUGCUCUGAUAGGAUAGUUUUAAAUACACUGCUCUGAUAGGAUAGUUUAAUACACUGCUCUGAUAGGAUAGUUUUAAAUACACUGCUCUGAUAGGAUAGUUUUAAAUACACUGUUCUGAUAGGAUAGUUUUAAUACACUGCUCUGAUAGGAUAGUUUUAAAUACACUGCUCUGAUAGGAUAGUUUAAUACACUGCUCUGAUAGGAUAGUUUAAUACACUGCUCUGAUAGGAUAGUUUAAUACACUGUUCUGAUAGGAUAGUUUUAAUACACUGCUCUGAUAGGAUAGUUUAAUACACUGCUCUGAUAGGAUAGUUUAAUACACUGCUCUGAUAGGAUAGUUUAAUACACUGCUC